AUGUGGAGCUUUUUAGUUUUAUCAGCAAAUUCUGGACCUUUGUUGCCUUAUGAUUCUGAUUCGUGGUGGCACGCAAUUCCACUUGUUCCAAAUCUUUCGCUGUUCAUUGCGCUUCUGUACAUCAUGUAUUACAUUCUGUUGGAGCCAGUUGCUGGGAGCCUAUAUUCUAUAAUACUCUUAUACAUGGUAUAUAAUGCCACAAAUUUCAAUGCUUCGUAUCCGAACCACAAUACUCUUGCUAUCAUUGUUCACAUCAGUUCAUGGAUCAUGCAAAUAGCUGCUCAUGGGUUCGCCGAGAAAAGAAGUCCAGCUUUUAAAGAUAAUAUAGUACAGGCAUUUCUCCUUGCGCCCCUAUUUGUAUGGCUAGAAGUCCUUUUCGCAGUAGGUUAUCGAUCAGGACUUCAAAAGAGAGUAAGCUUAGAAGCCGAGCUCGCCAUUGCUAAGUUUAAGGAAGAAAAAGGCAAAAAAUCCGAAUGA